CCGCCCCGCCCCGCCCCAGCCCCAGCCCAGCCCCGGCUCCGUUCUGCGGGGCUGGGAAAAGCCGAGGCAGGAGCGAGGCUCGGCCCCUCUCUGGCUCUGGCUCGGCGGCGAGCUCAGCCAGCCCCCCUCCUCCGCGCCCGGCGACCGCUCCCCGCGCUGCGCGGCCAUGGCGCAGGAGCCCAGCUAAGGAGGCGCGCUCCGGGGGCCACAGCCCGCCGCCCCCCCCCCCGCUCCUUGCGGAUCUCGCCGCCAGACUCGCCUUUGUUGUGGAUUCCGCCGAUGGAGCCUGCAGGGAGCCGGCCUGGAGGGGAGCCCUGAGGGCCCCCGCAAGCCUGCCGAGCCGCCCGGGCUCCUGGGGGCAGGGCGCACGCAGCCCCCUGGAUGCAGCCAGCCACCCCGCCGAGAAGCCCGCCGAAAGGAUGACCCCUCCCAUCGGGUGAGACUCAGCAGCACCCCCGAAGGUUGAUGUAUGCUGCUUUUUUGAAACUGGGAUGAAGGAUGGAUGCUCAGCUUUCAGAGAGAGCAUCAAAUGGAGCUUUGCUCGUUUCCUUGAACGCCUGACCGCCUCAUCGCUUCUGUGUAAAGAUGCUCCUGGACAGACAGAUGUUCAUUCGCUCACUGACAUUCACACUGGCAAAUGCACACGGUGCGCACGGAGCCCCGAAUGGAACACGCAGUGGCUGCUCUCCCGCUCUCCCUCCAUGCUCAGCCAUGGAAAUGCAGGCACACUCCGCGGCUUGACUCACUGCCAGCGAGAGAUACACUCUUAAGUAUGCAGGCAUUAAAACGUGCACCCUUAAUGACACGCCCGCUUGCAUUUAGCAAUGUGCCCAGAAGCAUGCACAACAAAGAGGUGCGUUAUUGCUGUUAUUAUGUGUGGAGCACCAGCAGCAUCUGAGGCAUUUCGCGGAGGGAGCGUGAGCAAAAGGCACGUUUUUGUUGAAAAGUGGGCCUCGGCGGGCACAGUGUGUGCCAAUACCAUGGAAAAGCUCUUCCUGCCCCUCCUGAUGCUUGGCACCAUGGCGGAGGCUCAACAUUGCCCUGGCCGCUGCAUCUGCCAGAACAUCUCCCCGACGCUGACCAUGCUGUGCGCCAAGACGGGCCUCCUCUUCGUGCCGCCCUCCAUCGACCGGCGCACGGUGGAGCUGCGCCUGACCGACAACUUCAUCACCGUCAUCCGCCGGAAGGACUUCUCCAACAUGACCAACCUGGUGCACCUCACCCUCUCCCGCAACACCAUCAGCCAGAUCCUGCCCUUCGCCUUUGCCGACCUGCGUGCCUUACGGGCCUUGCACAUGAACAGCAACCGCUUGGCCAUCCUGAAGAACGAGCACUUUCGAGGGGUGGGCAACCUCCGGCACCUCAUCCUGGGGAACAACCAGAUCAGCCACAUCGAGCCUUCCUCCUUUGACGAGUUCCUCUCCACGGUGGAAGACCUCGACCUCUCCUACAACAACCUGGAGACGCUGCCGUGGGAGGCCAUCGGCCAGAUGGUGAGCCUCAACACCCUUACCCUGGAUCACAACCUCAUUGACAACAUCGCCGAGGGCACCUUCUCCCAGCUCCACAAGCUGGUGAGGUUGGACAUGACGUCCAACCGGCUACAGAAGCUGCCCCCGGACAACCUCUUCUUGAGGGCGCAAGUGUUGGCCAACGUCCGAGGGACUCACCCUUCCACCUUGACGAUCAGCUUUGGAGGCAACCCCUUGCACUGCAAUUGUGAGCUUCUCUGGCUCCGGAGGCUCACGAGAGAGGAUGACCUGGAGACUUGUGCCUCCCCGGAGCACUUGAUGGAUAAGUAUUUCUGGUCAAUCCCCGAGGAGGAGUUCAUCUGCGAACCUCCCCUUAUCACUCGCCAAUAUUCUACCAAGGCAUUCAUCAUGGAGGGCCAAGGGGUCGUCCUCAAGUGCAAAGCAGUGGGUGACCCGGAACCUUCCAUUCAUUGGAUUGCACCCGACGGCAAGCUGAUCCAUAACACGACCCGCACGACCAUCUAUGACAAUGGCACCCUGGAGGUCCUCAUCACCACCUUGAAGGACAAUGGCAUCUUCACCUGUAUUGCCUCCAAUGCCGCUGGAGAGGACACCGCCCCCGUGGAGAUCUGCAUUGUGCCCCUCCCCUUACUCGUCAACAACACUGGCCACAUGAAAGAACCCGAUCCUGGGUCCUCCGACAUCACCACCUCCACCAAAUCCGGUGCCAAUGACACCAAAAACCACCUGGACAAGAAGAUCGUGGCAGCCGAUCUGACGUCCACCUCGGUGAUCAUCCACUGGCCCUCUGAGAGACACAUCCCCGGCAUCCGGAUGUACCAGAUCCAGUACAACAGUUCCCUCGACGACUCCCUGGUUUACAGAAUGAUCCCAUCCUCCAGCAAGACCUUCCUAGUGAAUGACUUAGCGGCAGGCCGAGACUACGACCUGUGCGUCUUGGCGGUCUACGACGACGGGGUGACGUCCCUCACAGCCACCCGGGUGGUGGGCUGCGUGCAGUUCACCACCGAGGGGGAGGGCGCCCAGUGCCAUUCGCUCCACACCCAGUUCCUGGGGGGCACCAUGAUCAUCAUCAUCGGGGGCAUCAUCGUGGCCUCCGUCCUCGUCUUCAUCAUCAUCCUCAUGAUCCGCUACAAGGUCUACAGUGGCCAAGAGGAGCACAAGAAAGCCAAAGUCAGCAACGUCUACUCGCAGACCAACGGGAGCCAGCCGCCCGCCCCUGCCGCCACCGCCCUGCCCCACUCAGCCUCCAAGCUUGGGGAGGACAAAUAUGAAACUCUCCAGGAGGUGGCCCCCAAGGAGGCCCUGCUCAGCGGAGACAUCAAGGAGGACAGCCCCACCUGCCAAGACAUGGCCUUGACUGAGGUGGACAAGAGAGCAGUCAGGAUGGCUGUGGACCUCCAGACUGUGGCCAUCUUGUCUGCUGAGGAAGGGCCCUUGGAGAACAGCAUGACCGGCUCAUCGGUUUCCUUGUGCCUCACCAAGGACACCGGCGUGGGGCCGCAGCUCCGCACCAAGUUGGGCAGCAGUGGGGCGGGGGUCUUACCCCGUGAGCUGUCAAGGACUCACCACCACCGCCACUCCUUCGACGGGGAUUACUCCCUCUUCCAGAGUCAUAGCUAUCCCCGCCGGGCACGGACAAAAAGACACAUGUCCACCUCCCAGUUGAACUCGGAAGAGUGCCCCUUGAGUGAGAGGCGGGUCACGUUUAGCAGCACAGAAUGGAUGCUGGAAAGCACAGUGUGAGGGGCGGGGGGCGGGGAGGGGGGGUCGCGGAGGACCAAGGGACUGCCGGGUGCACAACCAACCACAGCAACCAGGGAAGGAAGGAAGGGAGAAAGGAGAGGAAACGGGCUGUGUGCUGUGCAAAAUGUCCGAGAGGACGGGGAUGGAUCCAGCACGUCCCCGACUCUCUUCCCAAAACAACCGCUUGUUUCCAGAAAUGUCUGCAGCGGUGCCUUAGCCAAGCCACAACAAAACAAAAGAAAACCCCACACAAAGAGAGUGAGAGAGAGGAUGGAUCGGUUUUCUGGAAGCAGACAGAAAACUGGCUUCUCCAACGAGGGUGGG